AAAACUGUCAAAAGUAAAAUAUGUCAUCCAAACAAAAUCAAAAUUUUACAUUAUUUUAUUUACAAAAAUACUUUUAAAACGAUUUCAUAUUUCUAAAAAUUAGCGAAUAUGGAUGAAUCGAGAACAGUUUUUUGUGGAAAUUUGGCACCAGAAGUAACCGAGGAUCUUUUAUAUGAAUUGUUUCUUCAGGUAGGUCCCCUGGAAAAAGUGAGGAUUCCCACUGAUCGAGAUGGUAGAAUGUCCAGUUUUGGUUUUGUUACUUUUAAACACGAAGUCUCGGUUCUUUAUGCCGUAAAUCUGUUAAAUGGUAUCCAGCUGUGUCAAAGGAAUUUAACAGUGAAACCUAGAGCUGGACCAAAUACACCUGUGCAAAGAAGUAUUUCGUAUCCCAUGUCACAUCAAAAUCAAAUGGACAAUCACGACAGAGAGUUACCAUUUCACCAACAAAGUCUUAGUUAUGAUAAUCUUCUAAACAUGAGUCCAAUGAUGAAUGUAAGUCACAAUUACCACCAAACAAAUUACAGAAACCAAAAUAAUAGACAAAAUGAUAACAAUCUUGAUGAUAGCUUUUCUCCUCACCAUGGAAAUAAUAGACAUAAGCCACAUUAUAAUGUAGAGAAUCACUCGCGUGGUAAUGAUAGGAGGAAUUUUAACCGGAGAAAUGAUUAUGAUAGAGAAAGAGAUCAUGAUAAAGAUUUAAGAAAUGAUUAUUCCAAAAGAAAUAAUAACCGAAGAAACCAUAACAAAAGAUCAAAUUUUGAUAGGUAUAAUCCUAGAAGAAACAACAAAAAUUAUUAAAAUAAUUCAAAUUUUAAUAUGAACACAUAUUUUUAGAUGUAACUGCAUUAUCAUAAUGCAAAAUGUGAAAUAAAUGUAAUUUUAUCAAUGUAUUUACAAUA